UGUUUCUCCGAAAGCACAAGAAUACUGCUUCCACAGACGAAUCACCUUAACUCUUAUUUUCCACGCUAACAAAAUCUAAGCCUGCCAUUUUUUUUUGAAUCGUAGGGGAAAAGAAACUUAGAGAAUAAUGAAUACAAAAAAAAUGAUGAUAUGGUCGAAGAAGUAUCUUCUUCGGUAUUUAUAUAAGUUCCAACUUAUUCACUAAUAAAUGCGAUUGAUAUAUCACAUAUACGUGCAAUCAAACAAAUUGACAAUCCGGGUUUAAGGCAUUAUAAAAUAUUAAAAUUUUAGGAAGCUAAUAAAUACCGAAUAAAACUAUUUUAGGACUAAAUUCAAAUUGAAAGUCAAAUGUAUUAGUAAUCACAUAAAGCAGUACUCAAUGCAUAUAACAGCUACCGUUAAUCAUGGCAAUCAAGUAUUACCAUAAACAAUAUGAUUUUGACUCGAAUGAAAGAACAUGAUUUCCGUAGAGAUGAAGAUGACACAAAAAAUAUCCCUAAUUUUUAUAUUAGAUUGACUACAUAAUAGGUAAGAUCAUAAAGAUGAAAUCCCCAAUUAUGAAUUACAGAAAAUAAAUUAUUCAUUUUACCUUGAUCAUACAAAGUAUGAACACAGUAACAAUCAUAAUGGUAUAUUUCGUUGGGAUUAUAAAUCUAUGGGAUAACAUUUAGAUUGGUCGAAAUUCUAUGGAAAUCAUGGUUUUUUAUUAGUUAUACUACGUGACAAUAUAUUAACAUACGUACAAUACAUAUUGUCCGCUAGAAAAAUAAUCUAUUAAGUUCUUGACCAAGAAAUAGUCUCAAAUACAGGAAAUGUAAAAAUCAAUUAAAUAGUUCGUUGGAAUUAUAAUAUAAAAUUGUAAACAUUUAGAUUGGUCAAAAUACUGUGUAAAAUCAUGGCUUUUUAUUACUAACUACGUGACAAUAUGAGAUAUGAGAUAGGAGAUGAUUUGUCCGAAAACUAAUGUAUGCCAGAUAACCAUGUUUUAUACAUUAUAUAUAAGGAACAUGCAAUUAAAUGUUGGGGUUAGUCCAAUGGCAAUAGUGGUAAAUAGCUAAAUUGGGCGUGGGUCUUUUCAAAAGCAGCUUGAGAAGGCCUGUCUGUGUGACACGUCGCCAUAAUGGCACCAUUGUAAAUAUAGUACAUUUUUAAAGUUUCUCUUUUUAUUUGCUUCCCUUUUAAUAAUAAGGGGAAGAUGGGUGCAAUUUUUGCCUAGCAACACUAGAAUAUAGAAUAUGGACCACUGAUGUAAUUUAAGCAUGCAUAAUGGCACACUAUAAGUACUAGCUUUUAAAUAAAUAAAGUGAUCCUUCAAUUAAUUAGGUAUUUCAUUUUCUCAAAGUAAGUUAGGUAAUAAUACUUUAAUUUCCACACUUUCUUGACCCAAUAAAACUUCCCAAUAUAUUAUUUGUAGUCUACUUUUUUUUUAUUAAAUUUGUAGAUAUUGUUAGAGGAAUAUAGUAUGUUUUCUUUUGAAUUAUUAUCUCUUUUUAUUUAUUUUUAUUUCAAAUAAUAAGUUUGUUUAUUUUUAAGAAGAAUAUCCUACCUCUAGUCAAUUCAAAUUGUUUGUUUCCGACCAUAUUCCAAUCAUGGUAAAUUACCCAAAAAGAACACAAAAUAAUGACGUUGAGACACUCUCAAAAGUUAGCACGUAACAAUUGUAGUAGUGAAAAGACGUCUAAGCAUAUUAAAUAUACUCACACUUUGAAGACAAAUGCAUAUCUCAUUAUUGACUAUUCAUCAGAUAAGAAGCCAAGAGAGUACUCACUGAGACAUGAGUGGUGUGAUUUGAGAAUGGAGCUUGCAGAGAUUGGAAAAAGCAUGGGGUCGAGUUUCAGGAGCAGCUCCUCAAGAAACGAGGAUGAGGCAGAGCAUGCUCUGCAGUGGGCUGAGAUCCAAAGAUUACCUAGUUUCAAACAACUGAGAUCAUCUCUGGUCGAUGAAGAAGGGGAUGAUGUGGAGAAAGGGAAAAGGGUCGUUGAUGUUACCAAGCUUGGAGCCAUGGAACGUCAUCUGAUGAUUGAGAAGCUGAUCAAACACAUUGAGAAUGAUAAUCUCAAGCUGCUCAAGAAAAUCAGAAGAAGGAUAGACAGGGUUGGUGUGGAGCUUCCGAGCAUAGAGGUGAGGUAUAAGCAUCUAAGUGUUGAAGCAGAAUGCGAGGUCGUUGAAGGGAAGGCCCUUCCAACUUUAUGGAACUCUUUGAAGCACAUAAUUUUAGAAUUGAUAAAGCUGAGUGGUGUAAGAACACAUGAAGCCAACAUAAGCAUACUUAACGAUGUUAGUGGCAUCAUUAAGCCGGGAAGGUUAACACUGCUGCUUGGUCCUCCUGGAUGUGGAAAAACUACUCUGCUCAAGGCUUUGUCCGGAAACUUGGACAAGAAUCUAAAGCUUUCUGGUGAAAUCUCUUACAAUGGACACGGUCUAAACGAGUUUGUUCCUCAGAAGACAUCCGCUUACAUAAGUCAAAACGAUCUGCACAUUGCAGAGAUGACAGUUAGAGAGACAAUAGACUUCUCAGCUCGUUGUCAAGGUGUUGGCAGUCGAACAGAUAUUAUGAUGGAGGUCAGUAAAAGAGAAAAGGAUGGUGGAAUCAUUCCUGAUCCUGACGUAGAUGCUUACAUGAAGGCUAUAUCGGUUAAUGGACUUAAAAGAAGUCUACAAACAGAUUACAUCUUGAAGAUCCUAGGGCUUGACAUAUGUGCAGAAACAUUGGUUGGUAAUGCCAUGAAAAGAGGCAUAUCUGGUGGUCAAAAGAAGCGUCUUACUACAGGAGAGAUGAUCGUUGGUCCAACAAAAGCUCUGUUUAUGGAUGAAAUCACAAACGGCUUAGACAGCUCCACAGCGUUUCAGAUAGUCAAGUCACUUCAGCAGCUGGCUCACAUCACCGACGCAACUGUGUUUGUUUCCCUUCUUCAACCUGCUCCAGAGUCAUAUGAUCUCUUUGACGAUGUUGUUUUGAUGGCUGAAGGAAAAAUAGUGUAUCAUGGUCCAAGAGACGAGGUCUUGAGGUUCUUUGAGGAAUGUGGGUUUAGAUGCCCGGAGAGGAAAGGUGUUGCAGACUUUCUCCAAGAGGUUAUAUCAAGAAAGGACCAAGGACAGUACUGGCUGCACCAGGACAUACCCUAUACCUUUCUCUCAGUAGACGCAUUGUCCAAGAGAUUCAAGGAGUUAGUGAUUGGGAGAAAGAUUGAGGAUGCUCUCUCUAAGCCAUAUGAUAAAUCAAAAACCCACAAGGAUGCUCUUUCUUUCAGUGACUAUUCUCUUCCAAAGUGGGAGCUGUUCAGAGCAUGCAUCUCAAGAGAGUUUCUAUUAAUGAAGAGAAACUCUUUCGUCUACCUCUUCAAGACGUUUCAGGUUACAUUCUUCGUUCCUUGUGUCUUCUUUCAAUGUUCUAGGGUUAGGUCUAAAGAAACCCUUCUUGCCCUUUAUGUUUUGCAGCUUGUUCUGUCAGCAAUCCUCACUAUGACAGUUUUUAUUAGAACACGGAUGGGUGUAGAUAUCAUUCAUGGAAACUCUUACAUGAGUUGUCUCUUUUUCGCAACCGUUGUGCUUUUGGUGGAUGGUUUGCCAGAGCUGUCUAUGACUGUUCAACGUCUUGCCGUGUUCUACAAGCAAAAGCAACUUUGUUUCUAUCCAGCUUGGGCUUAUGCAAUCCCUGCAACCGUGUUAAAGAUCCCUCUCUCUUUCUUCGAAUCUCUCGUUUGGACUUGCCUUACUUACUACGUCAUUGGAUACACUCCUGAAGUCUCUAGGUUCUUACGUCAGUUCAUGAUGCUCUUUGCUGUUCACUUCACAUCCAUAUCCAUAUUCCGAUGUAUAGCUGCAAUCUUUCAGACAGGAGUUGCUUCAAUGGCAGCUGGUAGUUUCGCCGUAUUAAUCACCUUUGUGUUCGCCGGUUUCGCCAUCCCAUACACUGAUAUGCCAGGGUGGCUGAAAUGGGGAUUCUGGGUGAAUCCUAUAGGUUACGCAGAGAUUGGGCUCUCUGUAAACGAGUUUCUUGCUCCAAGAUGGCAGCAAAUUCAACCAACGAAUGUUACAUUGGAGAGAACCAUACUUGAAAGCAGAGGACUGAACUAUGAUGAUUACAUGUACUGGGUCUCAUUAUGUGCCUUGCUUGGACAGACCCUUAUCUUCAACAUCAUUUUCACUCUAGCUUUGAGUUUCUUGAAAUCUCCUACCACAUCUCGCGCUAUGAUCUCCAAAGACAAGCUCUCUGAGCUGCAAGGAAGAAAAUAUUCAUCAGUCAAGAAGAACAAGAAGGCAAUAGAUUACACAGAAGAUUCAGGUGAAACAUAUAUGUCUUUCUUGUCAUACAAGCAAACUCUUUAUUCUCAGUUUAGCUUUAUUGACCUAAUUCAUUCAGCAGGGAAGAUGGCCUUACCUUUCAAGCCUCUCACCAUAACAUUCCAAGACUUGAACUACUACGUAGACGUUCCUGCGGAGAUGAGAGUUCAAGGAUACAACGAGAAGAAACUGCAGCUUCUCUCAGACAUCACCGGAGCUUUCAGACCAGGCGUUCUAACAGCGUUGAUGGGGAUCAGUGGAGCCGGAAAAACAACUCUACUCGACGUUCUCGCCGGAAGAAAAACAAGCGGAUACAUUGAAGGAGAGAUCAGAAUCAACGGAUACCUUAAAGUCCAAGAAACGUUUGCAAGAGUCUCAGGCUACUGUGAGCAAACAGAUAUACACUCACCAAACAUCACCGUCGAGGAGUCUCUAAUCUACUCAGCUUGGCUCCGUCUAGUUCCAGAAAUAGAUCACAAAACCAAAAUAAGAUUCGUGAAGGAAGUUCUUGAGACGAUAGAGCUGGAGGAGAUCAAGGACGCCAUGGUGGGAGUCCCCGGCCAGAGCGGGCUGUCGACGGAGCAGAGGAAGAGGUUGACGGUGGCGGUGGAGUUGGUGGCGAAUCCUUCGAUCAUCUUCAUGGACGAGCCAACGACGGGGCUGGACGCAAGAGCAGCUGCCAUUGUGAUGAGAGCUGUGAAGAACGUUGCGGAGACUGGACGUACCAUUGUGUGCACUAUUCAUCAGCCUAGCAUCGACAUUUUUGAAGCCUUCGACGAGUUGGUACUUCUGAAGAGAGGAGGUAGCAUGAUUUACACUGGACCACUUGGACAACAUUCUUCUCAUGUCAUACAGUAUUUUGAGAGUAUCCCUGGAGUUGCUAAGAUUAAAGACAACUACAAUCCAGCAACAUGGAUGCUAGAGGUCACUUCACAGUCUGUAGAGAUUGAACUCAACAUGGAUUUUGCAAAAAUCUACAAAGAAUCAGCACUCUACAAGAGCAACUAUGAACUUAAUCAACAGCUGAGCAAACCGGAUCCCGGGUCAAGCGAUUUGCACUUCGAGAGAACUUUUGCGCAGAGCUGGUGGGAACAGUUCAAGUCUUGUCUCUGGAAGAUGAGCUUGUCUUACUGGAGAAGCCCUGCUUACAACUUGAUGCGAAUCUGUCACACUUUGGUCUCUUCUUUGAUCUUUGGUUUACUCUUCUGGAAGCAAGGCCAAAAGAUAGAUACUCAACAGAACUUGUUCACAGUUCUAGGAGCCAUAUAUGGCCUUGUGAUCUUCUUGGGGGUAAACAACUGCACUUCAGCGUUACAGUAUUUUGAGACAGAGCGUAAUGUUAUGUACCGUGAAAGAUUCGCUGGAAUGUACUCUGCCUUUGCCUUUGCAAUGGCUCAGGUUGUGACCGAGAUUCCUUACAUUUUAAUUCAAAGCGCAGAGUUUGUGAUCAUAAUAUAUCCAAUGAUGGGUUUAUACGGGUCUGCCUACAAAGUCUUUUGGAGUCUCUACUCAAUGUUCUGCAACUUACUCUCCUUCAACUACUUAGCGUUGUUCCUCAUCUCCAUCACUCCAAACUUCAUGCUCGCAGCUAUUCUCCAGUCUCUUUUCUUCGUUGCUUUCAACCUUUUUGCUGGAUUCUUGAUUCCACUACCGCAAAUACCAAAGUGGUGGGUGUGGCUUUACUAUCUAAUACCUCCCUCUUGGAGUCUCAAUGUGUUUUUCUCGUCUCAGUACGGUGAUAUUCAUCGAGAGAUCAAUGCAUUUGGAGAAACCACGACCGUAGCGAGAUUCUUAGAGGACUAUUUUGGGUUCCAUCAUGAUCGUUUGAUGACUUCAGCCAUUAUUCUCAUCGCGUUUCCAGUUGCAUUGGCUUCUAUGUUUGCUUUCUUUGUUGCCAAACUCAACUUUCAGAAGCGAUGAUCGAGUAAUCACACACCGACCAAAGGUCUAUAAAUGGUAGUUUACAAAAUAUAUGUACGGACAUGCAUGUAUUCUUUGGCACACUCUUUGUAAAACUAAACAAAUGAAAGCUUUAUUCAUAAUUUUUU